CCAGGCUACAGCCGAAAAAAGAAGGAAGGGAAGCCGUUUUGUUGCUAUGAUUGUGCUCCAUGUCCAGAUGGGAUGAUUUCCAAUCAGAAUGACAUGGACAAUUGUUUCAAAUGCCCAGAUGAUCAGUUUCCAAGCAAGGACCAAGAUCAGUGCAUUCCCAAGAUCCUAAAUUUCCUCUCUUUCUCAGACCCUUUGGGGAUCACUUUAGCUUUUUGGGGUUUGUCUUUUUCUCUGAUCACAGUUUUUGUGUUUGGAGUCUUCAUUAAGCAUCAAGACACAGCCAUUGUCAAAGCCAACAAUCGAGACCUCACUUACUCUCUGCUUAUCUCCCUUUUUCUCUGCUUCCUCUCCUCGCUGCUGUUCAUUGGCCAGCCUCGCACAGUAAUCUGCUCUUUGCGGCAAACUACUUUUGCCACCAUCUUCUCAGUGGCUGUUUCUUGUAUAUUGGCAAAAACCAUCACUGUGGUUUUGGCUUUCAUGGCCAGUAAGCCAGGAUCCAGGAUGAGGAAAUGGGUGGGGAAAAGAUUCACAAACUCUGUUCUUGUAGGUUGCUCCUUUACUCAAGCCAGUAUUUGUGCUGUAUGGCUCUGUACUGCUCCUCCAUUCCCAGAUUUUGACAUGCACUCUCUGGCUGGAGAAAUCAUAGUGGAAUGUAAUGAAGGUUCAGUUUCAAUGUUUUUUUGUGUCCUGAGUUACCUGGGACUGCUGGCCAUUAUCAGCUUCAGUGUAGCUUUUCAGGCCAGGAAGUUGCCAGACAGCUUUAAUGAAGCCAAGUACAUCACUUUCAGUAUGUUGGUGUUUUGUAGUGUUUGGUUGUCCUUUGUUCCCUCUUAUCUGAGCACCAAGGGGAAAAACAUGGUGGCUGUGGAGAUCUUCUCCAUUUUGGCCUCUAGUGCUGGGUUACUGGGUUGUAUCUUUGCUCCUAAGUGCUACAUAAUCAUCAUGAGGCCUGACUUGAACAAUAGGGACCAGUUAAUUAGGAAGAAAUAG